AAAACAAUGCCAGCUGCUAAGAAAGAUACCAAGAAAACCGCUGCCAAGGGUGAAGUCAACGAAGACCACUGGACUAAGAGAAGAAGUACUGAAGUCGAUAAGACAAAGAGAUCAGCUGUUGAAGGAUCCAAGAUUGAUGCUGCUAACAUUAUUGCUACUCCAAGAAAGAGAAAGAAUAUUGACUACAAGACCGUUGCUCAAUCUGGUGAUGUAAAGACUGUAAAGAGAGCCACAGCAAACACUUAUGAAAAGAGAGCUGCUGCUAAGAAGAUUGAAAAGCCAAAGAAGACUAAAAAGACCACCACCACAAAGAAGACUAAAAAGGACGAAAAGAAGGAAGAAAAGAAGGACGAAGAAAAGAAAGAAGAGGAAAAGAAAGAGUAAAUUAGCAAUCAACUCAAAUAACUUCCAAACUAAACCGAAAGGCAUACUAGUCAUGGAGACUAGUGUUCUUCUCACCUAAAUGUACAAUUCCUAGGCACCAAAAAUCACAAUUAAAUUAUUUAUUAUUU